AAUUCCAUUGCUUUUCAUACAAAAUUUCCAAUUCCCACAUAUUACUAAUCAUUCCCACCAAUCAAUUUCUUUUCCGUUAAAGUUUGCUUGCAAUGGCCACAGAAGAACCCAUUGUUGCGGUGGAGUCGGUUCCCGAACCAAUUGUCACCGAACCAACAACAGUUACCGAACCUCAGGUCCCGGAAAAGGAAGAGCCAAAGGCUGAAGUAGAGAAGACGAAGAAGAAAACCAAAGAAUCGAAGUCUAAGAAAGCUUCCAAACCACGAAACCCUGCUUCACACCCUACUUACGAAGAGAUGAUUAAGGAUGCUAUUGUGUCUCUGAAGGAGAAGAACGGUUCGAGCCAAUACGCGAUUGCGAAAUUCAUCGAAGAGAAACAGAAACAGCUUCCUGCUAACUUCAAGAAGCUAUUGCUCCAAAAUUUGAAGAAGAAUGUUGCUUCUGGAAAGCUUGUUAAGGUUAAAGCUUCAUUCAAGCUUUCAGCAGCGGCCAAAAAGCCAGCAGUUGCCAAGCCGAAGGCAAAGACAGCUUCCAAGGCGAAGUCUGUGAAGGCCAAGCCAGCCGCUAAGCCAAAAGCUAAAGCUGCUAAAUCAAAGGUUGCUUCAAAGCCCAAAGCUGCUGCCGCCAAGCCUAAAGUUGCUGCCAAACCCAAAGCCGCAAUCAAGUCCAAAACAACCGCCAAGCCAAAAACUGUUGCGAAGCCCAAGGCAUCUGUCAAACCCAAGCUUAAGGCAAAGCCCGCAAAGGUUGCAAAGACAUCAACAAAGACGACGCCGGGAAAGAAAGUUGCUGUGGCGAAGACCGCACCUAAGAAAGUAGCUGCUGCAAAGAAAGUUCCAGUAAAGAGUCUGAAAUCUUCAGCAAAGAAAGCUUCCGGUGUGAAGAGAGGAGGAAGGAAGUGAGACUGUGACAGUAUAGUAUCUUUGUACUAUCGGCGUAAAGGACUUUUGUAUUUUCCUUAUUUGUAAUACUACCGGUUCAUAAUAAUAAAACUUUUUAAUUACACAAA